AUGAAGGUGUCAAGUCUGGAAGAGGCUAAAGUUUGGUAUUUGAAUCCCAUGCGCUUUAUGCAACUGGUGCUGGCUACAACGAUGCUCCUUUCCGUGACGUAUAUGUGGCAAUUUACUAAAGAAGUCACAACCACAACCGAGAAUAGAGACACCACCGCCGCUAAGACUGCUGAGACUACACUGACAGUUCAUAUCGACCGCACUCGUGCUCACACAUAUUACGUUAUUCGUGGAUUUGAAGAAGCGCACAAAUUUGUGCGUGAGUACGAUGUGGAGACUAUGGGUCCGUUGUUUUUCCUGUUUACGAGUGAUAUGGAUGCCAAUGGCACAUACUGGUUCAAUCCUUGUCAAAUGGUAAAAACUGCGGUUCUUGCUGGCUUCAAGCGCGCACCUAGACGAUCAAGACUGCUUGAAAUUCAAGUGGGAUCAGAAGCGUAUUGGAACGACUUUAUGAAUCCUUUUCGACAGAAUCAGCUCUUUUACAUUGAUUAUUUGCCGACACUGAUGCGGUAUGAUGGUGGUGGUAACUCUUCAGCGCUGCUUGCCGGGCCCCAUUGUUUAAAUCAAGAUCUGCUUGAUGUUGUCUUCAAAGUUAGCAAGUCGGUAGCUCACAAAAAUCGCAUUAUUAAUUUUGACAAUGCUCGACAAGUCAUGGACUUUCUUGCUUCGUACGAUUUCAGCUAUCCGCUAUUUCUUUUCUUCGUAUCAGGCGUGCAUCAUUUCAACAAUCGGCUGUGGUGUCCGUUUUGUGAUAAAGCGGAAUUGCCGGUCACCCAUCUCUUCAACUCCACGGCACCGGAUAAUGCUGUUCUACUGCGUAUCGUUGUUGCGCGCGAGCCUCGUCAAUGGUAUGAAGAAGACAAUGACUUUGUUGGCGACGAAUUUAGCGAUAAAGUUGUCAUGUUCGAUGGCGUACCUUUUGUGGGCUUUGUUGACAGAAACCGAACCAACAACAAGAUUCAAGUCAACGAAUUUACAAUCGGUGUGGACCAGCAUGAAAAACUACAGAAUUUCUUCCGGCAGAAGGCGCCAGGGAUGGUCGACGUCCCUGCGGCGGUUUAG